UCUCACACAUACACAGAGAGAGAGAGAGGUUCCAACCAAGCCGACCGACCAUGCCGCAGACGACCAUAGCGGCCAAGGAGGUGGAGAAGGUGGUCACCGCCGACGAAGAGACAACAGAUAUCGUCGUCCAUAGGGUGCCGUACGGGGACCCGCCAGCGGUCCGGGCGCUGGACACGAGCGAGCUUGGCACGUGGUCCCUGUACCGCGCCCUCAUCGGCGAGUUCACGGCCUCCCUCAUCCUCCUCUACGUGAGCAUCGCCACCGUCAUCGGGUACAGGAACCAGUCCUCCGCCGCCGACGAGCGGUGCACCGGCGUCGGCUACCUCGGCGUCGCCUGGUCCUUCGGCGCCACCGUCUCCGUCCUCGUCUCCUCCACCAGCGGCGUCUCAGGUGGGCACAUAAACCCGGCGGUGACGUUCGCGCUCUUCAUGGCCGGGAAGGUGACGCUGGUGCGCGCGGUGCUGUACGUGGCGGCGCAGUGCCUCGGCGCCGUCGUCGGCGUGGGCGUCGUCAAGGGGAUCAUGAAGCACCCCUACGACGACCUGGGGGGCGGCGCCAACGCGGUGGCCGGGGGGUACUCGCUCGGGGCGGCCCUUGGCGCGGAGACCUUGGGCACCUUCGUCCUCGCCUACGCCGUCUUCUCCGCCACCGACCCCAAGCGCACCGCCCGCGACGCCUUCGUCCCCCUGGUGGCGGCGCUCCCGAUCGGCAUGGCGGUGUUCGUGGUGCACCUGGCCACCAUCCCGAUCACCGGCACGGGCAUCAACCCGGCGAGGAGCCUGGGCGCCGCCGUGCUGUACAACCAGCACGAAACCUGGAAGCAACACUGGAUCUUCUGGGUCGGGCCUUUCACCGGCGCGGCCAUGGCGGCGUUCUACCACAAGAUCGUGCUGCGCGACGGGGCUGUGGUGAAGGAGUCGCUGGCGGCGAUGGGCUCCUUCAAGAGGAACAGCUCCACCGCUUGAAGAUCGAUCGUGGAGAUCGAGGAGACCAUGCAUGCGCAUGCGUAUAACAGUAGGUACUAUUGCUUCGUCGCUACAAGUGGGUCCCAUGCCAUGUCGGUGCCACUUCAGCCGUAUACGAUGCUAUAUGUGUCGACGCAUUUUACGUCUACGAAUGAGAUUAGCGCGUUCGUGCCAAGUUUUAGAGCCGGUUUGACAUAUUUUUCAAAUUCAGACAAUAGAGUGAACAUCCAUAAUAAGUUUAAUCAUCACUGGUGUAUUU